UGCGCAUGCGCGCGCCCAUGACACGCAGGGCAGAGCUUAGCUUCCGGUGUUGUUCUGUUAAAGCAAAAACUGCAAUGUGAGUUUCCUCUGAAGCGGAGAAUUCAAUCGGAAGAUAAAGUCCUCGCUGUUUCUGUGAAAGGCCGUUAGGAUGGAACCUGAGCCAGUAACAGAUUCUCCCAAGGAGCUAGAAAAAGAACUGCCUGCGGCUGUCCGGGCCAAGAUAGAACGAAAUAGACAAAGGGCUUUGAUGCUGAGGCAAGCCCGGCUGGCCAGUAGGCCCUACCCAUUGAUUGAAGGUAGUGCCAUUGUAAAGCCACCUUCAAAGGUGAUUGACUCAGGGGGAGGAUUCUUUAUAGAAGAGGAGGAGGGGGCAAAGGAGCCGUCUGUUGAAAAAGUGGUUCACCAACCAGGCCCUGUACUGGAAUUUGACUACCUCAUAUGCGAAGAAUGUGGCAAAGAGUUCAUGGAUUCGUAUUUGAACAAUCAUUUUGAUCUAUCAGUGUGCGACAGUUGCAGAGAUACAGAAGAAAAACACAAACUCAUAACUCGGUCAGAAGCGAAGCACGAGUACCUUCUGAAAGAUUGUGAUCUCGAUAAACGGGAACCUGUGUUGAAAUACAUUUUGAAGAAAAACCCUCACAACACUCAUUGGGGCGAUAUGAAACUUUACCUAAAAAUGCAGGUAAUUAAGCGUUCUUUAGAGGUUUGGGGUACUGAGGAUGCUAUUGAAGAAGCAAAAGAAGUUCGCAAGGAUAAUAGAGACAAGAUGAAACAGAAGAAAUUUGAUAAAAAAGUUAAAGAAUUACGGCGUGCUGUCCGGAGUAGUUUAUGGAAAAAGGACACUGGUGGCCACCAACACGAAUAUGGUCCAGAAGAACAUAUUGAAGACGAUAUGUACAAAAAGACAUGCAAAACAUGUGGUCAUGAACUAGAUUAUGAAAAGAUGUGAUUGUUAAAAAAAAAAAAAUAGUCUUUGCAAUAAAAAUGCUGAAGAUAUGUACAAAAAGACAUGCAAAACGCGGUCAUGAACUAAAUUAUUAAGAUAAAAAAAUAUUUUUUUUGUCUUUGUAAUAAAAAUUGUAGUAGAUCCCAAA